GUUCUUCGUGCCGCGUCGUGCCGUACCGGGCCGUGCUAUGGAUGGGAGGGGGAGUUGUUUGGGGAUGGUGGGCUGGGGUAUCGCGUCUCUCGGCUCAAAUCCUCUCGGUAUCUUGCUAGCCUACCGUCGUGUGCAAGCGAUCAGCCUGGAUUGUUUAAAAGAGGAGUGAAAAAUAAGUAUUGUCACCGUGUUAGCUGUUUCUGUUGGUAAAUAUAGUCAUUCAUAUCAUCCGUUGAGUUCGCUGCUUUGACAUGUUUUCUCAGAAUUCGUUGGUAAACAUAAGGCCUUUCACUUUGCAGAGCUGUCAGAUUCUGCAGACAUCCCCUUGAAGAGCGUGAGUGGCUAUGGCUGAACAAGACAUUUGUCCCCACCUGGACUCUGUAGGAGAGGUAACCACAGAGGACCUGCUCCAUAAAUCCAAGGGAACUUGCCAGUCAUGUGGUGCAGGAGGUCCAAACCUGUGGGCCUGUCUACAGAAUGAGUGUCCAUAUGUUGGUUGUGGAGAGUCCUUCUCUGAUCACAGCACCCUGCAUGCACAGGCUAAGAAGCACAAUUUGACUGUGAACCUGACGACAUUCAGGGUCUGGUGUUAUGUAUGUGAGCGGGAGGUGUUUCUGGAACACAGGCCUGCCUUGGUGCCUGUACCUGCUGCUCCCCACCACUGCAAAGCCACAGAGCAGGAAGCAGCUCCCCAGCCAGCAGGACACCCACUGAAAGCAGUACCAAUUGCUGUGGCAGAAGAAGAAGGUUCAGAGUCAGAGGAGGAUGAGCUUAAACCCAGAGGCUUGACAGGAAUGAAAAAUAUUGGAAACUCCUGCUACAUGAAUGCAGCUCUUCAAGCUUUGUCUAACUGUCCUCCUCUCACUCAGUUCUUCCUGGACUGCAGUGGAUUGGUCCGGACUGACAAGAAGCCUGCUCUCUGUAAAAGCUACCAGAAACUCAUCUCAGAACUCUGGCAUAAAAAACGACUGAGCUAUGUCAUCCCUACCAGUCUGUCUCAUGGCAUCAAACUAGUAAACCCUAUGUUUCGUGGUUACGCUCAGCAGGACACUCAGGAGUUCCUGCGCUGUCUGAUGGACCAGUUACAUGAAGAGCUGAAGGAGCCUUUGACAGAGUGCAGCAUGAGCGGGGAGGGAAGUGACAGGGAGGAGAGAAGAGAUGGAGACCACUCCCCGUCUGAGGAUGAAUUCCUAUCCUGUGACUCUGGUUCUAGCAGUGAUCGGGGCGAGGGAGGAGGUGCAGGUGACGGCGAGUUGCUUGUGCAAGAUGCAUGUGAUGGUGUCAGGUCACCGGCAGUGGGGAUGGUGGGCAUCACUCCCGUUGGGGUGAUCUCAGAGAAGGAGAGGCUGAAGCAAAGAAGGGUGUCUGGGUCACCUCUCCGUGGAGGGUCACAAGAGAUGGAUGAGGACGCUGAUGUAGAUACAGCAGCUGAGGAAGAGGUUCCUGAAAGGGGAGAGGAAGAGGAGUUAACACCAACUUCAAACACUGAGCUCCAAAACCCAGAGAACAAUCAGGCAGCCAAUACGGGGCAGAGACAAGGCCAGAGCAACAGCACUUCAGAGCCAGACAACGAAGCAUCAAUGACCCAGCCCCAGUCCACUCCCUGUAGUCCUGUGCGAACCCUUCAGGAGCUGCAUCCCAAACUAUCCUCCGGUCCACCUCGCUCCAGCCCGCUUCGCUGUGUAGGAUCUGUGUACCCAUUCAAAAAAGCUCAGCUGCUGCUCAGUACCAGGAAGAAGAAACAGUCUCAUUAUCGCAGUGUGAUCUCUGACAUCUUCGACGGCUCUAUCCUCAGUCUGGUCCAGUGUUUAACCUGUGACAGGGUCUCUACUACAGUGGAAACCUUCCAGGACUUGUCUCUCCCUAUUCCCGGCAAAGAAGACUUGGCUAAGCUCCACUCCUCCAUCCAUCAAAACCUUCCAGUCAAGACAGGCGUGUGUCCCGACACUUAUGGCUCACAGGGCUGGAUCUCUUACAUCAUGGACUCUAUACGCCGGUUCGUAGUCUCAUGUAUUCCCAGCUGGUUUUGGGGACCCAUGGUUACACUAGAGGACUGUCUCGCUGCUUUCUUUGCAGCAGAUGAGCUUAAAGGAGAUAACAUGUAUAGCUGUGAGAGAUGUAAAAAGUUGCGAAAUGGUGUCAAAUAUUGCAAAGUACUUCGACUUCCGGAGAUUCUGUGCAUUCACCUGAAACGUUUCCGGCAUGAAGUCAUGUAUUCAUUCAAGAUUAGCAGCCACGUAUCCUUCCCAUUGGAGGGCCUGGACAUGCAACCAUUCCUGGCUAAAGAGAGCCCAUCCCAAGUCACCACAUAUGAUCUGCUGUCAGUCAUUUGUCACCAUGGCACUGCAGGAAGUGGACACUACAUAGCUUACUGUCAGAAUGUGAUCAAUGGCCAGUGGUAUGAGUUUGAUGACCAGUAUGUCACAGAAGUCCAUGAGACGGUGGUGCAGAAUGCAGAGGCCUAUGUGUUGUUUUAUAGAAAGAGUAGUGAGGAGUCAGUGAGGGAAAGGCAGAAGGUGGUGGCUCUGGCCAAUAUGAAAGAGCCCAGCCUGCUGCAGUUUUACAUCUCCAGAGAAUGGCUGAAUAAGUUCAACACCUUCGCUGAACCAGGCCCCAUCAGCAAUCACACAUUUCUUUGUCAGCAUGGAGGGAUCCCUCCUAAUAAAUACCACUAUAUAGAUGAUCUGGUUGUUAUUGUUCCUCAGAACGUGUGGGAGUAUCUUUACAACAGUUUUGGGGGCGGCCCUGCAGUCAACCACCUGUAUAUGUGUGCUAUCUGCCAGAUCGAGAUUGAAGCUCUAGCUAAACGCAGAAAAAUGGAAAUAGAUACCUUCAUCAAGCUGAACAAAGAGUUUCAGGCUGAGGAGGCUCCAACAGUGAUCCUGUGCAUCAGCAUGCAGUGGUUCAGAGAGUGGGAGAGCUUUGUGAAAGGCAAAGACAAUGAGCCACCUGGUCCAAUCGACAACAGUAAAAUUGGUGUUAUGAAAGGAGGACAUAUUCAACUCAAGCAAGGUGCAGACUAUGGUCAGAUCUCCGAGGAGACUUGGCAGUACUUGUUGGGUAUUUAUGGUGGAGGCCCUGAGAUCGCAGUUAGACAGACAGUGGCCCCGGCUGAGCCUGACAGCCUUCAUGGAGAAAGGAAAAUCGAGGCAGAGACCAGAGCACUUUGAGAUAAAGAGAGGUCUUGUGAUCCCCCUUUCCAGUCCUUGGUCUCACAGGAAGCUGAGGAAUUUGCACCUUGGUGAAGAAACCUUGUUGUGAGCAUUUUGUAAAUGUAGCAACGUGUUAUUCUGAAGCUGUGUCACAGGGGGUUGAAACGGUACAUAAUAAUCACAUAGUUUAUGUAUUGGAUAACUCUGAUUCUCAGUGUUAAGGUAUAAAAAUAAGAUGUAACUUCACAUCUCCGGAGCUGUUUUUGUUAGCUGUGGUGACUCAUUGGCCUCUGUAGUGACUAAGUUUUGUAUAAUACUAAACCGGCUCUGGUAGGCAGACAGCUGCUGGUGUCACAAGCCUGAAUGCUGAACUACCCUGUUGGUUUGAGGACUUUUUCUUCUUCAGUGGAAGCAACAACCAAGAGAGAUAACGAGCUUUUUGUUAUUUGCCUGUUUACUAGUUACAUAGCAACAAGCAACGUGAAGUGAGAGGUGUUGCAUAAAUCUUGCACCUCCAACCUUAAAUACACAGUACGCUGAGCGCUCAGGACUGGGAGUAUUUUGUUCCUUUUAAGAUAGUGAAAUUAUUAGAUUAAUGAAUUAAAACAAAAACAGCAGGUUUAUUUGAAACUACGAAACAUGCAUGUGCUGGUUUUCAGGGACCCUUGCAUUUGAAAAGCUUCAAAAUGCAUGCAGCUGCAACACUUUUUUGGACCAGUAAGAACAUUUGACUGACAGUAUGAGAUGCCCAGUUCAAACAUACAACACAUUUAAGUGUUCAAAAUAAAUGAAAUGUUGGCCCAUUCCUUCUUAGUCUGUGCCACACUCUCCAUAAAAAGAUGGAUAAAUGUAGAUCACAAUAGAGACAUUGAAAUGUUUAUAAUAGCUAAACAUUGACCAGUAAUGCAAUACUCAUUCAAGCCAGUAGGGGGCUUUCAGAAUUUAGCAAAAAAAAAAACAAAAAAAAAACAAACAAAAAAAAAAUCCAGAUCUCAAUGAUGCUAUUUGACUGAGCAAGUGUGUUUUCUCUUUUUUUGCCAUAUAAUUUAUUAAUUGUGCAUGUUUGGUUAUCAGAUCAUCCAAAAAUUUUAAUGUUACACCGUGAGGUGUUUUCUUGUAAAAAUAUUUAUGCAUCUAGAGAUUUAAUCAUUGUUAAAGAUCAGUUUUAAAGUGACACAAUACAGAUGUCUUUGCUAAAAGUUUACUCAAAUUACAUUCUGGUAUAAAGUUUGAACUUUGACCCUCCUCCCACACAGGAAGUGAAAACGGUCCCCUGACCACAGCACUCGUAUCGAGAAAAGUGGACAAACAGAUCAGACUGUAAACAAGUGUGUGAUCGAAGCAGCCAACACAAAGUUGAGCAGAUGAUUUUUAAAAAAUUUUUUUGUGAACUGACUGCUGUACAGAAACUGCAUUUUAAUCUGAAAAAGCAAAUGAAACAUUGCAUAUUGUUUGUAGAUUUGCUUAUAUUGUGCAAUUCAUAAUAUACUGUAUAAUAAUCAGAGCAAGAUCAAUGUGCCAUGGUAACAUCUGGGAAAAUGACAGAGAGUCAUUCCAAGCUUAGGUAAAUAAACCAACUCCUCUUCUAUCUCAUAAUAGAUCAAUCACACACUUGCCUUUUUAUAUUCUACAGAUCUGCAUAGGAAAUGUUUCCCAUAACAUUUUAAGCAAUUAAAGUGUGGCUUUGUGGUAGUGAGUAACACUUAAAGACAAGGUCAACAUAAUAAUGUUAACUGUGACUGAACCUUUCUGUCUAAUAUAAUAAAGAGUCUAAUUUACUGAUUGCUAUUAAUAAGAAUUUUGAAAGAAGGAGCUGCGGAAUAGGAAAUAAUUAUUUUUCUGUUAUAUUGAGUAAUAUACCGUUUUAAAAAUUACAAGAAAAAUUCUGAACAUGUCUUCACUUUAAUUUUUCUGUUUAACUUUUCAUGUAAAAUCCCCUAAGUCAUUACAGGAAGUACCAAUACAGAGAUGAAAAAAUGAUAAACUUUUUUUUUUUUAGUUUGUCAGUAGAAAUGAAUAGAACUCAAAAUAAAUUAUAUUUAUUAGACUGGCAGAAAAAAAAACUAGCAUACUAACAGAAAACUGGUAUUGACCUGGUAUUGUUAACUUACUUUAAUAAAACUGCCUCACAAUGAAGAAUCAAACACCAUGAAGUUUCCUAUUAGUCACUUUAAGUUAUAAACAGAUUAUAAAAUCCAACAAGUUCAACGAGCAGAUAUUCAUAAAUGUAAUUAUCAGAAAGGCAACUUCAACAUCCCCCCUGGCAAUUUAUCCAUCAAGCAGAGUACCCAUGUGUUUAUAGUCAUUUCGCCUCCAGAUAUUUUGACUUGUCAUAACUGAAAAAGCACAGGUGUGACCAAUACUAUUAACUUGAACUAUAUUAAAUUUCAUCGUCACAAUAAUUAAGACAACUAGCAAGUUGGAGCAAGUAAAUGGAAGGCAGCCGGAGGGUUCUUACAAGUCAAGUGAAGGUAGUUUGUGACUCUGUAAACUGUCUAAUGGCAAAGGCCAGCACAGCAAAUCAACUUUUGUGUUUUAUUGUUGUCAACUCCUUAUUCUACCUGUUUUUAGUAGCUAUUUUUUUAGCCUCUUAGGGGCAGCAGAAACAAGUUGUGCACACAAUACUGGCAUAUCAUCACCUUUUUCGAUAUGGCAGAAUUGUUAGCAAACAAUUGCUACAGCUUUUACAAAGUAAUAUAUUCAGUAAUUUGGAGAUGUGCACUGAAGCAGAUAAACGAGGAGCUGAAACUUGCUAUAAAGUACCUGUAGAUUCAGAUGAUAAUUCUCUGUACAUUCAUCACCACAAACAACCCAUUUUAUAUUGUCAUCUAAUAAACUGUCAUAAAUAUUGAUUAGAGGCACUUUAACAUUGAAACUAAAGGUUGCACUACAACCUAGUUAAUGUCACUAUAAUGGCUAAAGUUAACCCAGCAAACAGCGAACAUUCGUAUAGUUUCCAACAGAGAUUCAUAUCCUGAAUACAUCAGGGCCAACAUGGUUCAAAACCAAGUGGAUGGCAGCCAUCUUUAAUGGUGGUAAUGUUGUCACCUGAUUGUCAAACACCAGCCUGCCCACGUCUAUUAGCUUUACUCCAGACCAUGACCUACAGGAAUCUAUUUCCACCUGCUUAAAGUUAUUCAUCAGUUUGAACAAGCGAGUACAGCAACUUGUUUCAAGAAAACAGUUUUGUAAUGUCAGUUUUUAUUUUCACACUGUCCAGAUGCAGUAGAUAUAGUCCAGACUGUCUCUACAGGAGAUCAUGUUAAUACUGAGGGGAUGUGUUUUAUAUUUAGAUAUGAAUGCAAUGAAAAAAGACUCAUUAUUGUGCAAUCUUAGCUCUGUCAUCAAAGAGUUAGCAAACCUCAGACAGUAAAGACCAGGGCAGUGCAGGUAAUUAUGUUGCGUUGUUAAGAAAUGUCAAAUGGUAUUUACUUAAUUAACCCCGCCUGUGAGUUUGUUUGCUUGUGUUACAGCAUGUGCAGUAGCUAUGCGUGUGAACCUUCCAUUUAACAGGAAAUACAAGCAUUGCUGUGAUUAGACAGAAGUCAGUUAUAUCAUGGCACCCUGCAGACAGUGCAGCAGAAUUUCAA